ACAACCGUGGAGGAAUGAAUACCGAAAUAAUGUCUUGGAUGUGACCACCAAAAAGGACUCUUGCUUCAAUGGCCCAAUACUUAAUUACUUCAGUCAGAAGUUGAGGUACUGCCUGGUAGCCGGUCCCAUCUUUGCGGUUGUCUCCGAGUCUUGGAUCAGAGAACGCGAAUCGUAACCACUUACAGAAGCCACAAAGAAAGAACACAGCGUAAUUAAUCCUUUUAUAUAUACUUCAAAAACUCAGCUAAAAUGUUUAUUCAAUUCACAUUCGCGAAACGCAACAUCUUCCAGUAAGACUAUUUUUUGCGGGGAGUGAACAGCCCUUUGUAAUCGGUACCGCUUGCUGGCCUGUACCUCUAUCAUUUUGUUAAAAAUAAAACGCGCAUGCGUGUAGGUAGCUGGGAAUUUCCCCGAAGAUUCCCUGAAUAAAGCGUCCAUAGUGAACAGUACUCAUGCAUGCAAGGCGAUGUCGGGGUACAUGAAUGUACCCCAGCUAGCGGUUGGAUCACCGGCAUCACCUCAGGGUAACAUUAAUGGUCACCGGGCUUCCACGUAGGCCUACGGUGUACAUUUACGUAUAUCGACGUAGGUGAAGUUGAUCGCAGAUUAAACUACCUUUAAGUGAUUCGUACGGAAGCGUGUAUAGGACUUUCAGUCUUGUCCUAUACAUUUGCUAUGACGAGUACGAUUCCAGAAGUCAUUCGAAUGGUUACAAAUUAAUGAAAUCACCGAACAGAAGGACGAAUUUGCCGAGUGGAAUGAUUGCAAACUGUUGAAGUUACGAGUUUCUGUCAUGGAGAAGCAUCACAAAGAAGCGCUUCGUAAAAACCGUGUGGCCCUGGUGCAGGAUAUGGAUCUGACGUACGUCUUUGAUGGACUCGUGAAGAGGAACAUCUUUGAACCUGCUGCCUACGAAGACUUUAAGGCAGAGGGAAAAACGAGACGCAAGAUCAACCAGCUUUUCCUCAAUGCCUUGGAGAGGCGCGGACCCCGUGCCUUUGGUGCCUUUGUAGAAUCGCUGAGGGAACACAAGCAUGGCAUCCUGGCCAACAAGCUGGACCCUGCCUCGGCACCAAGGUACCCGGCACAGAUGGAGCCCAGGCCGGGAAGGGAGGUUAACAACCCCAUGGACUCCCUCUUGGUACCCCAGGUGGAUGCCAAGCCUGAGCCCAUGGAUAUUUACCCCACCCAACUCCUCAAUUCACCUCCAGAGGAUCUACAAGAACCCCUUUGGCCAGGAAGCGGCCCAGCAGCAGUACCCAUUACUGGGAUGACCGCACCGACCCCUACUGGUCAAGAUGACUCUGAUGUAGAAAAUAUAUAUCAGAUGAAUUCAGAACCACGAGGGAUUGCCAUUAUCAUCAACAACCAAAUUUUUGUGGAUUUGGAGCUAAGGGAAGGAUCUGACAUUGAUCGUAAUGAACUGAGGAAUCUGUUUGAAAUGCUAGGUUUCAGAACAGUGGUCAAAGAUAAUCAAACUAAACAGGAAAUGCAGGCAACUUUUUAUGAGUUUUCAAAGCAUGACCACGGGACCCUGGACUGCUUUGUCCUGGCCAUCCUGAGUCAUGGCAAGGAGGGCACUAUAUACGGUGUAGACGGCGACACCAUCCAAACUGAGCACAUCAUGGGAUACUUUGAAGGUGGCAGGUGCCCAACAUUGGCAGGCAAGCCUAAGCUCUUCUUCCUCCAAGCUUGCAGAGGAAGACGAUAUGAUUACGGCUUUGACGCACCAGAUGCCAAUGCAGUUGCCCCAAGUAGUGCCUCAGGUUCCACAGCACCCACAAGCCACUGUGAAAGAUCCCAGAGGAUGUUGGAGCAUGAGUUAGACAGAACAGACAUCGGCAGUGCCAUCCGAUCCAAGCUGCCCUGUCAAAGUGACAUGCUGCUGGCCUACUCAACAGUACCUGACUUUGUGUCAUGGCGUACGCCAGGGCAGGGAAGCUGGUUUGUGCAGUCUCUGUGUGAGGUCUUUAGAAAGUAUUACCAAAAAGAAGAUCUAGUCUCCAUGCUGGUGAAGGUCAAUAAAAAAGUUGCCCGGGCUUAUGAGUCUUCUUGUGGACGCCGGUGCAAGCAAAUGCCAGCCCCUGUGGUGAUGCUCUGCAAAAAGCUCUUCUUCCCCCCAGUUCGUGCCGAGCGAGGCCAAGAGAGGGUGCAAUUUUCCUAGCAAUGGCCAGAGGCUGCUUUGGCAAGAACUGCACUUCGCUGGUUUAAGAACAGCUAUGAAAAGCAAAAUAAAAAAGCUAUGAAAAAGUAAGCAGUGCAGUUGCGACGCUACCGACAAAAUGAACGCUCCCGGCUAGCGUGGCAUUUUUCAACCAAUCACUUCUGCUCAAGGCAAAUACAUUAAAGUGAAAAUAAUUCCAUGAAACACAAUUGUUUUCCUUUAAUGAACCUUGUGUUGUUCCUGCACUCCCCAAAGAUCGUCUUUGUACUUUUCUCGUGGUAGCAAUUGCAUCGCAGGGGCACCAAUAUGAAUCACAAGCCACAUAGGGAAGAUCGUUAAGCCUAGAAAUAGGUUACCAGUCAUAAAGGUGUCACAUCAGUUAUAUAGCCAUUGACUGGUUCCCUGCAGCUGGAUAAAUAUUGUUUUGUAAAUGCUAAAACAUGUACUAGUUCUGUUCUCGAAGUAAAAUGUGUUAUAUUUACAAUAUACUUUGUGCAUGCCACCAUGGGUGUCACAAGGGAUGGGGCUGGGGCACUUUCCACCCACCGCACACACACACAAAAUGUGAGAAAAAAAGAACAGAAAGUGAAAAGGAAAAACAAAACAAAUGGAAAAAAAGCACCGAAUAUGAAUGUGCUUGAAAAAACUUCGGAAUUGACCCUUUCCACCUCUAAUGGCUUGUCAGUGUGCCGCUGCUAAGUACUCCCGCCCCCCACAACGAAAAAUCGUGGCGACGCCCGCGCAUGCAGCUUGUCUAUGGUACUGCUUUGGGACUGUAAUAAGCUUAAGAUUAUAACCAGAUUAAGAAGUGUACAAAAAGCAGCUUUGAGCCGUCAGACCCUCUAUACUAAAGUUAUCAAAACGUUGAAUGGAACGUGCACAAGCGUUUGGUCUUUCGUUGAAAUUAUCAUGCCCUGGACGGACUUUUUUACCACUGAAUCAUCAAACUUUUCUUAAUUGCUUUUCAGUGGCCUGGCUCUUAUAUCUGAUCUUCCCUCUUUAUUUGCAGAGCAUUUCUGAAAUUAUGCCACUCCUAACACAUGGCACUCUUAGAAAAGCACCCUAGUUCCUGUCUUUUUGGAACUAGCCACGUGAGAAAGUUUUUCAUUCAGUGGAAUAUAUAAAUAAUGUAAUAUUCAGCGGAGAAUAACAGAAUGCUGCAUAUCUUUUUGUAAGCCGUUUUGUUGUUACGCUAUAGGCAAUCACUGAGGUCUUCAGGGAUGAAUAUUUUCAGUUUGGAUCUUUUGUAAAUUUGUAGCGAUGUUGAAUGACUUUUCACUUCACAGUCGGAGACAUUGUAACUCUUAACUUGGGAUACCUCAUGCUAUUCCCCAACCAUAUUGGCAAAUGAGAUCGAGAAUUUUCCUCAGUCCAGCCCACAACCUGAGCUCAGCAAUUGUGGAAUACAUGUACAGGGUAUGUCGUUGGUGCAGAAGAUCUGACAAGGUCUGCUGCAAUCGUCAUUUGGUUGGCCCGACCUGUAACUCGAGCAGAGGCCCUCACGUGUGACAGGUCACAUGUCUGUUGAUGUAUGUGGCGGGAAAUUAAAUAGGGUUGACAAACUUUCUUUAAAUGGGCGUAGUCGUAGUUCCCAUGCAGAGAUACAUGUAGGUUUACGUGCUUCCAGGAGAGUACGAAGAUGCAAUUUGCUCUCGUUAAUCGGAAGAGCUUUUAAUAUGUUGAAACAAACAUUCUCUGAAUGCAAUAUCAUGUUUAACAUGCAUACCACAUGUGUCUCAUUACACGUGUAUCCCACAUGAUUUUUAAAGAAUUUAUAACUAUUUUUGUACGCACAGCAGGUCUAUGUCACAGAUGCAGUUCAUUAUUUUAAUGAAUCGAUAUUUUUAAAAACAGACUGCAAUCUGAGUUUGGCUCAGCUUGUGACCUGGAGCAGGGUUAAAUUGAUGUCUUUUGUCAGAAACCAGCCUUGGCCGAAGGUAAACGUGGAUGUGGGAUGAAUAAAUAGACUUGCGUUUAGCUUGGUUUUUAUUUUGAGAACA